CUUCAAAGAAUAAUCGAUAAGGAAACCGAAAUGAAAAGCGUAGAAAGGGAGUGGAAUUUGUGGGGCUACCAUGGAAGUGCUAACAAGCUCCUCUGCUAAUUCUGCGUAUCCUCGUUUCGCUCUAUAUAACCCCAAUAAGCCAUCUUCUUUCACAUUCAAGUCCAUCAUCAUUUCUCCGGUUCAUCCAAGGAAUUCUUUUCCUGGACGGAACAUUGAAGCUCGAUUAUUGUGUCGGAUCUCGUAUAAAAGGACUAAUCUUGACGAGUCUCGAAGAUGCAUCAGUUCUGAUGCGCAUUCUAAACCUGAGUUCUGGUUUUGCACAUUAGGUAGACUGAACAAAAGUUUUCCAUCUCAGUCUGGUUUCUUUGCAUUGAGGCAUGGACACCCACUUCAAUCCUGGAAGACGGGUAGUCAUCAAAAGGUGACGAGCCAUUCACAAAAAGUCAGACAACAUAUCUCUGUUGUUUUUGUUCGCUUAGUCGCUGCUAUGUUGCUGGUUACUUCAGCUUCCGUUGCUCUAAGCAGCCCACAGUCGUGGGCGCUUUCCGAGGAAAAUCUUCUCUUCUUAGAGGCAUGGAGAACAAUAGACCGUGCAUAUGACAAAACUUUCAAUGGACAAAGUUGGUUUCGUUACAGAGAAGAUGCUCUUCGAAAUGAACCAAUGAACAAUAAAGAAGAGACAUACACGGCCAUAAGGAAGAUGCUUGCCACACUGAAUGAUCCUUUCACUAGGUUUCUAGAGCCGGAGAAGUUCAAGAGUUUGCGGUCUGGAACUCAAGGGUCUCUAACAGGUGUAGGGCUAUCAAUAGGUUACCCAACUGGAUCUGAAGGAUCUCGAGCUGGGCUCGUUGUUAUUUCAGCUGCUCCUGGGGGACCUGCAAAUCAGGCUGGCAUUUCAUCUGGGGAUAUUAUCUUGCAAAUAGAUAAUACAAGCACGGAAAGCAUGGGCAUCUAUGAUGCUGCAGAGAGAUUGCAGGGACCAGAAGGAAGUUCAGUGGAAUUAACAAUUCAAACUGGGCCUGAAAUAAAGCACUUAGCUCUCAAGCGAGCGAAAGUUUCACUGAAUCCUGUAAAGUCAAGGCUAUGCGAGGUUCCUGGUUCAGAAAAGAGCUACCCCAAAAUCGGGUACAUUAAGCUAACGUCAUUCAACCAAAAUGCUUCUGCUGCUGUCAAGGAAGCGAUUGAUACUUUAAGGAGUAAUAGCGUUAAUGCCUUUGUAUUAGACCUUCGUGAUAAUAGCGGUGGGCUUUUCCCAGAAGGCAUUGAAACUGCAAAGAUUUGGUUAGACAAAGGCGUGAUUGUGUACAUUUGUGAUAAUCGUGGUGUUCGAGAUAUAUAUGAUACGGAUGGAAGCUCUGCAAUAGCAGCUUCUGAACCCCUAGCUGUCCUGGUGAACAAGGGCACCGCGAGUGCGAGUGAAAUUUUAGCGGGCGCAUUGAAAGAUAAUAAGCGUGCUGUAUUGUUCGGAGAACCGACAUAUGGGAAAGGUAAGAUUCAGUCAGUUUUUCAGCUAUCUGAUGGCUCCGGAUUGGCUGUUACAGUAGCUCGUUACGAGACACCUGCACACAACGACAUUGACAAGGUUGGCGUGAUCCCGGACCAUCCUCUGCCGAACUCAUUUCCGAAGGACGAUGAUGGUUUUUGUGGCUGCCUUCAAGACUCUGCAUCUGCUUGCUAUGUCAAUAAUGUUCAGCUAUUUUCUAGAUGACAAUUGUGCUUUCCGGGGAAGAUCAUUCU